UUGCAGCAUACGACAGAGAACAAGCUGCCGCUGCGGGGGAGGCGGCACAGAGAGAGCCGGGGCCGGCAGAGCACAUACAGCACAGCACAUCGCAUCUGCCUGGGCAGGGGACCCACCGCCUCGCCGCCGCUCCAGGUGCCUAAAAGACGACGUGGGGCAGAAUGGAGGUGGCCCUGGCUGGCCUCUGUGCCAUCCUGCUCUGCUGUGGGCCCACACUGGCCUGCUGCCGCCGGGUGACUAUCUUCCCAUCAGUGUUAACUUUCCAUGAAGGUGGCAUAGCCACCUUCUCCUGCAAUAUCUCCAUGGAGAGUGACUCUGGCUCAGAGUACAGCCUCAAUUGGUACAAGGACACCAACCACAGCCAAGCCCAAAAAAUAGCUGAGAUCAGCCCAAACAACCCCAGGAUGGAGACGGAGAAGUACCGGCUCACCAACCACACUCCUGUCUUCAAGAUUGAGAUCCGGAACCUCCACCAAAAUGACUCAGGUUCCUACUACUGUGGACUGAUCACCUUCUUUGAACCCAAUAAAUUCCUUUUGAUGGAGAGCAACCGGUCCCAGCUGAUGGUCACAGCAGCCCCUGAGAUGAAUCCCACUGAGGAGCCAGAGAUAGAGGAAGGCAACCCCUCAGACCACAUCAAGGCCAUGCUCCUGGGCAUCCUGCUUCUGGCUGGAGUGAUUCUGCUGCUGAUCUUUGGCUACCUCACCAUCACAUACAGGAGAGGAGAUGUACAGAAACCAUCAAGUGAAAACAUGCCAGCGAAGGAAGAGAAGCCCCCUGUGGUGUCCGUAUCUACUGUGGACUAUGGUGUGCUGGAGUUUCAGAGGGAUCAGUGCACCCAGGUGCCCCCCAAGACCCAGCCAGCUGACCAGACAGAAUAUGCCACUAUCAUCUUCCCAGAGGAGAAACCCGUCACGCCGGAGCGGGGCAAGAAACGUCAGGAUGAGAGGACUCGACAUCUGCACUCACAGCCCUGCUGAGGAUCAGGGUCCCUCCUCACCAGGGUGUGGGCAUGAAGAUGCUGCCCUGGUCCCUUGCUCCCACUGCAGUUUGCAGUUGGGAAAAAUCCAGCAUACCAGGAAACAACAGAGAUGCUGCUGCUGGAGAUGAUAUCAGACAGUCCUGGCCAUGGUGUUAUCGUGACCGUGGGGUGGGUACCACAGGAUGAGGAAAGUCCCUGCCGGGCUCCAUGUGCUGCCUCUUCACUCAAGGCAGGGAGGAUGGGCUGGGACAAAGCAGUGGCAUCAACAGGUCUAUCCCAAAGACGAUUUACGUCAUGCCUCAGUUUUCUACCUCUACCCAGGGCUCUGUGGAGUGGCCUUGCUGCUUCCCUUCCCCAGGUCUGACCCAACUAGGAAAGCACGACUGUUGGAGGAAAUGCUGGAGGCCAGAGCUGGAGUGGUUCCUGUGAGAUGCUGCUCAUGGAAACCCAGGGCUUAGGGCUUCUGCUUGCUCAGAACAGAGACUGCCUUGUGUUCUCCUAUUUAAAGAAACCCCUGGGAAGUGGGCAGUUUUCCUCCUUUCUCCAGGCACUUUCCUUCUCUCCAAGAGGGGAGAUCUACCCCUACGUCCUUCCGACCACAGGUGGGAGUCGAAUCUGGCCAUGGGGGUGAA